UCUUUUUAGUUAGACCAAAAACAAAACUGUCACAUUUGCAAAGAUGCAAAUGUGUGAUAGUCCUCCUUUUCUAAGAUCCGUAGUUAUUAACAUGUAUUCAUGGUACAUCCUCAAAACCGCUGAUUCACUGGAAGUAAAUGUCUCAUAAAGUGCUUACAAAAAUCAUAUUUUAUGUUGCUUUUAUAUUGAUCAAAAUAAUGAAAUCUGAACAUGGUGAAAAUGAGUCGCUUUCAAAGGUGCAAUUUAGGUCCCGCUAAUGUUGCUUGCUAAAGUGCUUAAUAUUAAAGUCCCACCAGAUUCGCUGCAAAACUAUAGAUAUUUGUAGUUUAAGUCUGGAUGUGAGUUAGUAGUAAAAUACAGGUAAACCACACGCUUUAAAUAUUACGGAGAUGUUCCUCAUACUGUUCCGCUACAAUAUGACCAGCCUCUUAUUUCCUUAUUACUGCAAUGUGAAGAGCGACUGAAGAGACACUGCAUCAAUGCAUGGGUAAUUGUUAAAAUAUAGUAAUUAUUUUUGAAUUUGAAUUCUGUAAUUGCACUAGGGUUAAACAAUAUUUUUCAUAUCAGGAAUACACUUUCUUUUCCUUUUAAACAGCCAUAGCUUCUGUUAUGAAACUAUCGUAUCUAUUUCAGAGUGGAUGCAGUAUGAAGGUCUGAGGCUUUUGGAGGUUUAAGUGAAGCGUCAUCUCGAGCCUCAACAUGUCUGAUGUACAGCUGAUGAACAUUUUUGAGGAACUGAACCGGCUGUCCUUUAGCAGACAGCAGCUGACUGACAAACGCAACAUCCUGGCUUUGCUCAUCCAGUUCAAGAAAAACAAUGGCCAGAAUGAGCAACAGUAUCCCAGUGAGGCUGAAGAACUCAAAGAGAUUGAUGAGCAGCUUAAAGUUCUCACUGAAAAGAAGAUUGAACUGGAGAAUUUGCAAGAAAGGCUGGGAGGCAGUCAUUUAAUAGACACAACUGUUUCAACUACAGAAAGUCCGCCAUCUUAUCCAGCUCCGCGGGUGAUUUUGGAAAUUGGUGAACUUCCUCGACACUCAGCUCCGACACAGUGUCCAUUCUGUCGCCAGUAUGUUACCACAGAGGUCACAACCAAAGCUGGCAGUGCGGCCUAUAUUGUGUGUUUUAUUUCCAUUCUUUUUUGUUGUAUAGCUGGAUGCUGUCUCCUCCCAUUCUGCUUGGAUAGAUGCAAAGAUGUCAUUCACAAGUGUCCAAAAUGUCGGAGUCACAUACAAACAUGCAAAAAGCUCUGAGGAGGGAAACGUUUGAAUCCCGUAAUGUGAACUGAAAUGAAAUGGUUGCUGGAAUUGUUUCCGCCGGUGUCAUGCCCAUGGAAUUACCUGGAGUGGCUUUUUUAAAGGAUGUGAUGGCGCUAUCUCACGGUUCGCUCUCUGUGAGGAUUAAGCCGACUUUUCGGUU